AGAAUACCUGGGCGUCGGCCUUCUCCUGGCCUUGAGCACCAGUGACCAGCAUGAGUGUAUAUGGAUUGAAAGCCUCAUCUUCCAUCGGUCAUAAAGCAAAAUCGAAAUCCGCCUAUGUUUAUAUUCAAAACAACUUGAACACCUUUUGCGGAUGACUGCAUUUUGAAAUACUUUUAAUUUGACGUCAUAUGCUUCAACAAUUUUUGUCAGUUGAGUAGUCAGCUGUUUUCGCAAGAUGGCGAUAGAGACAAAUGCUGCGCAGUCACCCUCAGUUUGUUUGGUGAGCGCGGUGGGUGAGGUCGGUUCGCUAGUUGGUCGCUGAUUUAAUAUUUAUCAGUGCUCGAGUGGUGAUAUAUGUGAUGAGAAUCGGGAGAAAAAGACUUCGGCCAUUAUUUGCCCUAAAAAAUUGUCAUUUGGACGAAUAGAUUGAUGCGCAGUGCCAAAGGAAAUCAAUUUUGAUCUUGAACGGGGUUUGUGCGGUUUGCUGCCCUUUUUUAAUCGUUCUCGAUUGUUAUGGAGAUUCAGCCCCAGUGUCUUCUGUGAAUUCAUCAAAGGCUGAGAUGGCGGAUACAAGCAACAGUAAACGCCAGGGAACUAGGGUCUUUAAGAAGAGUUCGCCCAAUGGCAAGAUCACGGUGUACUUAGGGAAACGUGACUUUGUCGACCACAUCACGCACGUUGACCCAAUAGAUGGCGUUGUGCUGGUGGACCCGGAGUACCUGCGCGACCGCAAGGUCUACGGCCACGUAUUGGCGGCGUUCCGGUACGGCCGGGAGGACCUGGAUGUGCUGGGUCUGACCUUCCGCAAGGACCUAUACCUGGCCUCGGAGCAGAUCUUCCCGCAGCCGGAGAACAGCAAGCGGCCGCCCACGCGGCUACAGGAGCGUCUCAUCAAGAAGCUCGGCUCCAACGCGUUUCCGUUUUUCUUCGAGCUGCCACCACACUGCCCGGCGUCGGUGACCCUACAACCCGCUCCAGGUGACACCGGCAAACCAUGUGGGGUCGACUACGAGCUGAAAACGUUCGUUGGAGACCACUCGGACGACAAGGCACACAAAAGGAACUCCGUAAGGUUAGCCAUCCGGAAGAUAAUGUACGCGCCGUCCAAGCCCGGCGAGCAGCCCUCUGUGGAGACCAGCAAGGAGUUCAUGAUGUCGCCCAACAAGCUACACCUGGAGGCGUCUCUCGACAAGGAUAUCUACUACCACGGAGAGCCCAUCAACGUCAAUGUGCACGUGCAGAACAACAGCAGCAAGACUAUGAAGAAAAUCCGCGUGUCAGUUCGCCAGUUUGCCGAUAUCUGUCUGUUCUCGACGGCGCAGUACAAGUGUUCUGUCGCAGAAGUGGAAUCAGAGGAGGGCUGUCCGGUCGGACCGGGUUUCACACUCAGUAAAGUGUACACUCUAACACCUCUUCUGGCGCACAACAAGGACAAGUACGGUCUGGCGCUCGACGGACAACUCAAGUGUGAAGACACCAACCUGGCGUCAUCAACCAUAAUCUCUGAGACUGUCCCAAAGGAGAGCCUCGGCAUCAUAGUCAAGUACAAGGUGAAGGUUCGUCUGAUCCUCGGCGGAUUAGCGGGAGAGCUGUCUGCCGAGCUGCCCUUCACACUGAUGCACCCCAAGCCGGAGGAAGAGGAGGUGACGAAGCCGGCGGCAUCGCCACGCGCCGAGUCACCCAGCGAGGAGCCGGCAGACGCCAAUCUCAUCCAGCUAGAGGACACGGGCACGGCAGGCGCCGGCGACCACGACGACGACCUCAUCUUCGAGGACUUUGCUCGACUGCGGCUGAAGGCGGGGGAGACGGAGGCCUGAGCGGCCUGGGCCAGCCGCACCCCCUCUGCCUGACUGUCAUUCCUCACAUGUGUGGGAGCGCGCGCUUCGCUUCUCGUGGUGUUUUCGUGCUGCGUCGGUAUGUGUUGCGUCGAGUCGAUUCUCGUCGCGUCGAGUCGUGUCGUGGGGCUCGGAGGCUGACUCCGGCUGACUGGUCUCGGUGAUUUCAUGUCGCGACGUGUGCACGGCGUUGGGCGACAGGGGUCAUUCGAGGUCACCUGAGGUUAGCCGAGGUCACGGCCUCGUCCAAUCAGAUGUUCUAACUACGCUCGCGAGCGGCCGUGAGAGACGUGCGAUAAAUACAUACAUCCCAUUCGCACAGUGACACAGACGCACACAGACACACAAACGGACGUGCGGCGCCACUGGUAAGAGUGGCGCUGCUAUCAGCCCGCCCCUCUGUGUAUGUACGCGGGCGGUAGGGCGGUGCGCGCCGACUGCCGCACAGAGACUAAUACGACGCGCGCCGGCGUGGGUCAGUGAGAGACCGAAAUGUAGCGCUAGUCAAACGGCGCCGGCCUCCAGGGUACCUCAGUGGGCGGUGGUGACACUCGGGCGGUGACGUCACUGGUCGGGGCGACCCGCCGCGGUGAGGCUGGCGAUGUGGUGCAGGGCCGGCACGGCGGCUGCCGCCGGCUCUUUUACAGCUGUGAAUGGUGGUGUCAGUGUCAUUGGUGUGGAGCCUGUUCUCAUCGGUGUAGCGAACGCUAGCGAACAUUUACUUCCGCGCACAGACUGCCCCUCCUACAAAUGUGGUUCGCGCGCGCCGGCUGCUCCGGCGGCGCGCCGGUUGUCUCCUGCUUUAGCGGCGGUUUAUGGGGCGGCGCACUGACCGGCCGCGGUGGCCCGCCGGCCGCUCCGUUCCAUGAAUGUGCGUGUGUGCCAUGACGCCAGUUGGGCGGCCCGCACCGAGCUGUCAGCCGGUGAAAAUACGUACGCUCUGGCGGACUGCGCCGCCGUCUGUGAGAGAGCUGCUUUUCUAACGCGAGCGCGCACACCCUCCUGGCGUCCCUGUGAUGGGCGAAGUGGCCGCGCUGCUGCCACAACCACCCUCUUCGGUAUGCUCUGUCAUGGUGCUUGUGAUGAGAGAGUGGGAGCGAGAGAAAGAGGAGACUUUUCCACAUAAACUGUCUGACUGUG